CGAUUUAUGACAUUUUCUCCAUUAAAAAAAAAAACACCGCCUCGAUCUUCCAGAUCAUUCCCACCGCCUCGCUUAUCAGUUCCUUCCAUUCCCUACCGGCCUCCAAACCACCGCCUCAGUCGGGUGUUCAUCGGGUUACUGUAGACCAUGGUCACCGCCUCGACCGCUCCACCGCCUCAUCCGUUUAAUAGUCGAACGUUAGAGGUUGCCACUUUCUCCUCUGUUGAUGGACUCUGGAGGCUUCGUUUGUAUUUCGCUUGCCUUCUAGAGGGAUAUGAUGAAGACCAGGAAGAGAAUCACUAACAAUCAAAAGUCGAAUCUUAACUCGCAGCGAUUGAUCGGAUAUGUGCUGAUUUGGAUAGGGUUAGUUCGUUAUCCAGACAAGCAACCAAUUCAUCCCCGAUGGAAAACAAGCAAAAGGAUGACUCACCGUUCGUCUGCACUUGGGAAAACACCUUCUGGUAACAGAAGAUUACAAGAUCUAUUGCAGCAACGUCGUAAUCGAACAUGUGAUGACUGUGGUGCACCUGAUCCUAAGUGGGCGUCAGCUAAUAUUGGAGUGUUCAUAUGCUUAAAACGUUGUGGUGUUCACAGAUGUCUUGGUGUUCAUAUUUCCAAGGUUUUACCAAUGACAUUAGAUUCAUGGAGUGAUGCUGAAAUUGAUGCCAUGAUUGAAGUUGGAGAAAAUGCAUCUGCAAAUUCAAUCUAUGAAGCAUAUAUUCCUCAAGGAAUUUCUAAACCUAGACCAGAUGCUACUCAAAAAGAUUGUUCAAAAUUUAUCAGCUGCACUGUGGGAGUUACCCCUGUUCAGAGCACCUUUUCGUCUCCCCUGCUUCGCCUAAAUUGUAUUCAAAUUGCCAUUCCAGUCCUUGAUUUUCCGUCUUCUCCAUCAUCUUCGUUGAGGUUCUGGUCCGAGGUCGAUGGGAGUAAAUGCUCCUUUCACCUGACAUCCUAUUUGGCCGGUGAUAUUCUCCCCAAGUCCAUUGUGGUGGAUGGUGUGGUUCCUGACCAAAACUUGGACCGGAUAACUUCGACGCUUGAAUCGCCCAUUGGUCUUCCAGGGUUAGGGUUGAAUGUGUUCUCAAUCGAUCAACUUCUGGACAUAUCUUGUCCUGUGAUUGGCUUUGCGCAUGUCGAUUCUUCUAGCUCUACAGGGGUUGUGCCCCCAGGAAGUGCUUCUUCUACUCAAAAGCGUAGGCGGGUCCUUUCGCCUGAUCAGUUUGAACAAUUUCUCCAUGAGAUUUCCCAUGUGGGCCCUCGCUGCACUUCUCCUUCGUUUUUCGGGCAAGUUUCCCCCAGGACGGCUGCUUUGCAAAUGAUUUGGCGUAUUUUCAGCUAUGUUGUGGGUAUUAAAUGA